AUGACUGCCCUUGAUUUUGCUACUAUUGAAACGAUCGAGACAGCCGUUACUGCUACUCGACGCAUGUACCUCUCAGGCCAAACGCGGUCAUUGGAGUUUAGGAAAAACGUGCUACGAGGGAUGUUGCGAUUCUUGGAUGAGGAAAAAGAAGCUAUUUGCGAGGCAUCUUUCAAAGACAUUCAUCGGCCCACCUUUGAGACACUCAUUAGCGAUAUCAGCAUUAUCAAAAAAGACAUCAAAGGUUUCCUCAAAAACCUCCACCGAUUAGCGAGUCCCAGCUAUCCCGAAGCAGGAUGGUUUUUCAAGGGUAAUGCUGUCAUCCGCAAGGAACCCAAAGGAGUGGUACUCGUGAUUGGUGCAUGGAACUAUGCCGUACAAACAUCAAUCGCACCAGUGGUGGCAGCUUUGGCAGCCGGCAACACUGUGAUUCUCAAGCCUUCCGAACUUGCACCUCAUGUGGCACAACUAUUUGCGGAUCGACUCAAGCACUAUGUUGAUCCUAGUGUGGUGGCUGUUAUCAAUGGUGGUGCCGAUGAGACAACUCGCCUUUUGGAGUAUCCACUCAAUCAUGUAUUUUACACUGGCAACGGCACUGUGGGACGUAUCAUUAUGACAGCAGCUGCCAAACAAUUGGCAUCAGUAACUUUGGAAUUGGGUGGCAAGUCCCCCACCUUGGUUUUGCCCGAUGCCAACCUUGACGUGGCAGCUCAACGUAUCGUUUGGGGCAAGUUUUUCAAUGCAGGGCAGACAUGCAUUGCACCUGAUUUUGUUGUGGUAACCCAGGCCAAUGCCGAUGCAUUGAUUGAAAAGAUGAAAUCAACCAUUGUCGCCCGCUUUGGCACCAAUCCCCAAAAAUCGGAUUCACUUGCACGCAUCAUCCAUCCACGCCACUUUGAUCGAUUGACACAGGUGCUACAAUCCGUAUCCGAGAAAUGGAUCGUACAUGGUGGUGACACUGAUCGAGAAGAUUUGUAUAUUGCACCAACACUUGUCAAAGUGCCAGGAGACAUUGAAGGCUUCAAGCUAAUGGAUGAGGAAAUCUUUGGUCCUAUUCUCCCAAUCAUCGUUGUACCAACAAUUGACAGCAUUGUAUCAUCCUUGGUUAACCGAGACACACCGCUUGCUCUUUACAUCUUUGGUGAAAACAAGCACACCAUCAACAAAUUACUUGAUCAAUUGCCUUCAGGAGGUGCUUGUGUCAACAAUGUCAUGAUGCAUGCUAGCAGGGCAAGUCUGCCAUUUGGUGGCCAAGGUGCUUCAGGCAUAGGAUCGUAUCAUGGCGAACAUGGCUUCCAUGAGUUAACCCACAAACGCAGCGUCUUGAUCACUUCGAGUGGCGGUGAAGCAGCACUUCAAGCAGUAUACCCGCCGUACACACAAGCAAAAACAACCUUGGCUGAAAUUGAUACCACAGGAUCCACAGGGGGAGGUAUGCUCAAGACCGUUGUGGAUGCUAUUGCUGCAUUGUGGCGUAUCUAUGUUAGCCCUUUACCAGUGGAGCAUGCCAAAUCAGAUUAG